GUUGCAGAUAAAUAUUAUCAUUUUUUCAGCAUCGAGUAAGUGCACUGGUGAGGUGAGGCUCAAAAUUCUACUACAUCGAAAGAAAGUCAAGAAUUAAAUUUCAAAGAUGCAAAGUUUGAUUUUCUUUUGUCUUGCUGUCCAACUUUGCCAUGUCUCGGCUCUCGGCAUUGGCAGAAACUCAGCCAGCAGCUCAUGUCAACGCCGUACCAAGAUCUUGUCUUGACAACCUGAGAGCCGGGACAACAACGAAUGGAUACUACUCUAUUGCCGGACCGAACGGGGAAUCUAUUCAUGUCUAUUGCGACUUCACUUCAGAACCAGGCUCAGCAUGGACCCUGGCUGUUUCAUGGGCCUUUAAAAACAGCAACAUGGCUGCCUUCAGAAGCACACCCUUCUCUGUGGAUAUGCCAGUCAACGAAAGAACGCCAAAUUGGGUGGCUUACAGGCUCUCAAAAGCUCAAAUGCUUUCCAUCAAGGCCCAUUCAACGCACUGGAGGGCUACAUGCAGUUAUAACAGACUGAGUUAUAGCGUCGACUUCACCGAUUACGUCAGAGCAACCUUAUUGGCCAUUGAUAUCACGUCCUAUCUUGGGAAAGGAGUCUGCAAGAAAGUUGAAUACAUCAAUAUUCGUGGUUAUGUAGCCUAUCAAAAGACCGCUAGGUUUUGGCAAGUGCUGAAUACAUAUACUCUACACAUUGACAGUUUCAUUUCGGGCGAUACUUGUGAGUUUGGAGCAAAGCAAGGAGCAGCUACGAGUGAAGACAAUUUUGGGCAUUAUGGUAGAACAAACAAGAACUUCAAAUGCACUGCAAAUCCAGAAUCAACCACCCAGUACUGGUUUGGCAGCUACAUAAAAUGAUCAUGAAUAUAUGGAUAGCAUUAGGUAAAAGCAAUAUCAACAAAACAGGCAUAAACAAGUCAACAAACAGGAUAUAAACAAGUUGUUUUAACGAGUUACUUGAAACUGGGCAAACCAGAAUAACGAGUUUAAUAGGGCGCAUGAUUCGAUGAGCGUCUUAUGUCGCAACACUAUUACGUUGCUUGAAUUGUCAUUAUUUCAUUAUAAAGUGUAGUUGUUUAUGAGCAAGGGGAACUUGAAAAUACCAUUUCAAAAUGGGACCUA